AUUCCACGGUAUUAAAUCUUUUUAUAGUGUUUUCGGAUUAACUACGGGAGAUGUUGCUUCAGUCCUGGAGAAGUCAGUUACAAAUGUCACUAAUUGUUGCGGAGUGAACAAGUUUCUAAUAAUUCGGAUUUGUCGGUGUUUGUUCUGUUUUAUCAAGGACGUGGACUGAAACCGCCUGAACUGGGGUAAUUUCGUGUGCUCAAAAGAGUCCGCCAAACUUAAAGACUUUGCCGAAACUCAAGGUGAAGGCUCCAGGAUGAGGUCUCUCUUUAAACUCGUGAUACUGCCGAUUUUUUUAUUUUGUUGUCCUCUAAAUGUUUGUCCUGGUUUUCUUGAGAAGAGUUUGGAGGAAAACAACACAGAAACUUUGGCAGACGAUGGGCUGCGUCAAGGUCGUCCGAGUUCAGUUGUGGUGGAAACUGUUCCUACAUAUUCCUGGGAAUUUCGUUCACAAAAUGAAAAAGAUAUUAAAUUUACAAGUGGUGGACUUUAUCAAGCUACCAUUUUCGAGACAAAAAAGUCUCAAAUUAUAUGUGACUUGAAAAUGGGUGUUUAUGCUCAUGACGAGAACACUGAAGUCGAAUUUAACAUAACGAAAGGGAACGCAAAGAUAUUCACUGUUGGUUCCAAGCGCGUGAAGGACUUUAUCUUCAUGGACAUUACAACUGAAAGAAAACUAAAUCGUGAAGAAGAUGAGUAUUUCUUGCUCACAAUUGCAGCCCAGCACCCGAAAACUAAAGAAGUUCUAGAUACCACUGAGGUGAAUGUGACCGUUCUCGACUUGAAUGACAAUUUACCAAAAUUUUCUCGUCUGUUUCAACAUGUGACCAUAGACGAGGACAUUCCUUUACACACUUCAGUUGCUCAAGUGGUUGCCAACGACGAGGACAUGGGUCCAAACGGAUUGCUUUAUUUUUCUUUUAUUUCGAAAUCGCCCUUCUUCGCGAUUGACCCAAUCUCUGGGGUUGUAACUGUAACGAGAUCUUUGGCCAGUAAACGUAGACGAAGCUAUGGAUUGCUUGUCACCGCACGAGAUCGGACUUUGCCGACAUCAAAAGCGCAGUCAGCGAAAGCAAAGCACAAUAUCACCGUUACAGUAAGACCCGUGAACAGAUUUUCGCCGGAGAUCAAGGUGAAGUCACAGCUUGAAAAGAUUACCGAAGGAAACAGCGAUAUUCAUUUCGCGAUAAUUCAGGUUUCCGACCAAGAUAACGCAAACAGUGGUGAAAUUAACAAGGUGAGAAUUACUUCAGGAAACGAGAACGAACAUUUUAAAAUCAGACGCUCACAGAAUGCUUCGAAUGAGUAUUGGAUCGAUGUGGUGAAGCCACUAGAUCGUGAAAAGACGCCAAACGGUUAUAAGCUGGUUAUUACAGCCUUUGACAAAGGCUCCCCGCCGCGCAGUGGAAAAGUUUCGUUACGUGUUUUGAUUGAAGAUGCUAAUGACAUGAAACCGGCUUUCAAUCAAAGUCUCUACGAGGCCACCAUAUCUGAAUUAGCGCCAUUGCACACCUCCGUCGUACGUGUAUUUGUAGAGGAUGGUGAUUUAGGCAACAAUGCCAAAGUUUACUACACUCUGCGCGGAGAAGACAGCAAAGACUUCCAUAUAGACCGUGACACAGGGCUAAUUACCACCACAGGACACCAUGACUAUGAAACGAAACCAGUAUUAGAAUUUGACGUGUGGUGUUUGCAGUCAGAUUCAUCAAAACAAAUGGCCAGUGCAAAAAUUUCCAUCAAUAUUGAGGAUGCAAAUGACAAUGAUCCAGAGUUUGAAAACCCAUCAUAUUCUCUGGAAUUUUUUGAAGAUUUGAGACCUGGAACAAAAUUACCUUUAACAGUCAAGGCAAAUGAUCCAGACAGUGAAAAGAAUGGAAAGAUUCAUUACUCAAUUAUAAAUAGAGAGUCAGUUCCAUUUGCCAUUGAUUCAGAGACUGGAGAUAUUAUAUUGUUAACAUCACUGGACAGGGAUGCAGGAGUACCAGAGUACAUUACCCUUAAGAUACGGGCAUCAGACUUUGGAGAGCCAUUCAGAAGGGAGUCAGAAACUUAUGUACACCUUCACAUCAAGGCCACCAAUGACAAUCAACCGGUGUUUGAAUAUUUCCGGUGUACUAUAAAGAUCAGUGAAGAUGCACCAACAGGAACAAUCUUAACCAGUCUCACGGCUGUUGACAUUGAUGUUGGUGAAUCUGAAGGACUUUUCUAUGGGAUAGAUCCAGUUGGAAACACAGAUAAAACUUUCAGCAUCAACCCUAGUACAGGACAGUUAACAACAGCGAAAUCUCUUAAAGGUGGUGAAAAAGAGUUUUCUCUCUAUGUUACAGUUAAUGAUUCCAUACUGAAAUCAAAGCAUCCAGUAACUCUAAAAAUCAUGGUUGUUUCACCCCAGACUGCUACUGAAUUUCUAAACUAUGUUGAGACAAGAUGUAGUGUUUUUCCUCAUUACCACAAGGCUUUGGAACAUGUCAAGAAACAAAGAAACUUUAAACCAUCUUAUCCCUCUAGUGCAAAAGUGCCUGCCAAACCAGCCAAUACAAACUAUCCAGAAUUCAAUGCGCACAAAUCUGUUAUUGAAGUCAGUGAAGAUAUAGCUGUCAAAUCAACCAUCAUGAAAUUCUCUGCGACUGAUUAUGAUCAAGGAUACAAUGGUAUGAUUUUGUACUCUAUAGUGAGUGGUAACAUUGGCAGUGCAUUCAAUAUAGGCAUGUAUAGUGGGGGACUCUAUGUAGCUGCUUCACUAGAUAGAGAAACCACUAGAAAGUUCACAUUGAACAUAUCUGCCUCAGAUUGUGGCUCUCCUGGUAAAACAGCCUAUACAGUCAUCUAUAUAAAUGUUAUUGAUGUCAAUGACAAUGCCCCUGUCUUUGAACAGGAGAUUUAUGAAGAGACAAUACCAGAGAACAUCACACGUGGACAGACAGUUGUUGUAGUGAAUGCAACAGACAUUGAUGGUGGUGAAAAUGGAAGAAUUGAUUUUAAAUUGCUAAAUGACUUUGGAGGGAAAUUCAGGAUAAAUUCCAAAACUGGUCGAUUGUCAGUUGCCCAUGUACUUGAUUAUGAAGACCGUGCAAAGUACAUCAUAGAAGUUCAAGCAUUUGACAACUCUCCAACAUCUCAGAGGAUGGCAUCUGCCACGGUCAUUGUAAAACUGGUGGACAUUAAUGAUAAUGCUCCUGCAAUAGUUCCAAGGGUUUUCAAUGUUUCCAUUCCUGAAGACCUCCCACCAGAGAGUGUUGUGGCAGCAAUUUCUGCUGAAGAUCUAGACACAAGUUCAGGAGGAGAGCUUGAAUUUUCUUUUGUGGGCAGCCCCAAAAGAUUCAAGAUUGAUUCUGGAAGUGGUGUGAUAAGAUUACGUCGUCACGUGGAUUAUGAACAGGAAGAUGUGUAUAACUUGAAAGUAAAAAUCAGUGACAAAGGGACACCUCGCCUAACAUCAUUUGCAGAUGUAAACGUGAACAUUCUUGAUGUAAAUGAGAACAAUAUUGCCCCAAUAUUUACUGGGUUAAGCCUUUUAAAGGCAUCUGUGUUUGAGAACAACCCUGUUGGAACUUCUGUUCUGAAGGUAAAAGCCUUUGAUAGUGACUCGUGGUAUGUAAGCUAUUUCAUCAUUGAUGGAACAGGAGUUGAUAAGUUUGAAAUUGGCCAGGAAAAUGGCAUCAUCAGAACCACGCAAGUCCUUAAUCGCGAGGACGGUGAUCAUUACUGGCUGCACAUCCAGGCAAAAGACCGUGAAAUGUCUCCACUGCACACCAAUAUUCCUCUGUUGAUUACUGUGCUGUCAGUGAGUGAUGACCCCCCUUAUUUCAACCCAGCUAUUUAUUUUCCAUUUGUCAUUGAAAAUGCUGCACCAGGAGAAAGCGUUGUUACUGUGAAAGCUCAUAAUCCAAGUUCAGAUGGGUCCAACCUGUUGUAUUCAAUCAAGAGUGGAAAUGAGGCUGGUAGGUUUGCCAUUGAUAAGACAAGUGGCCUUAUUACAACAACCACAGCUCUUGAUCGUGAAGAACAAGACAAAUAUGAACUGAAAGUUGAGGUUUCUAAUGGUGAUAACCCACCAAAAUCUGCACAUAUUACUUUUCCGGUCACUGUUGCAGAUGCUAAUGAUAAUGAUCCUUACUUCUUGAAAUCCACCGAUGAACCCAGCUAUGAUGUUAAAGUUAAGAAGCAGGAUGAUCCUUCAACUUUUGUGGAGAUCUUGAGAGUUGCUGCAGCGGACAAAGAUAUCAGCAGUAAUGCUGAUUUGACCUAUGGGCUGUUAUAUUCACCAGAAAUCAUUCCUGGACAGCUGAAGAUUGAUCCAAAAACUGGUGUCAUCUCUGCCAAACUUUCCUGCCAAGAUGAUAAUUAUCUUGAGUUUAGUGUCGAAGUCAUAGAUGGUGGAGUACCCCCAAGAUCUGCCUCAGUUCCUGUUGUAAUGGAGUACUGCAUGGAAAAGAACCCUCCCAGUUCAGAACCACCCUAUUUUACACAAAAGACCUAUAAGAAGUCAUUUAAAGAAGAUGUUGAAGUUGGAUCUGUUGUGGAAUUUUUAUCUGCCUCUUACCUCAAUCCUGACUUUUUGACGUACUCUAUUAUCUCUGGAAACAUCGGAAACAAGUUCUUAAUUAACAAAGGCACUGGGGAGGUAAUCAUUGCUGGCAAACUUGAUUAUGAAGAAGCUAGUUCUUAUACUUUGACUAUCCAGGUAUCUGACGACCAUAACACCAGCACAACAACUUUGGAAAUUGAAGUUGAUGAUGUCAAUGAUAACUCACCAUUGCCCUUGAUGACAGAGUAUCAAGUUCAUAUUCCAGAGGAUGCUAAAAUUGGAUCAUUACUGACCAGAGUGGAAGCAACUGAUCGAGAUGCUGGUGCCAGGGGAUCAGUAGAGUAUGCCAUUGUGGGCUCAGUUAAACAAAAAUCGCUUUCAUUGUUCGCGAUCCAAAGCUUAACAGGGGAUGUCAAGACCACACAGCUUCUGGACUAUGAAGACCUGAGGGAACAUACUCUUGUAAUUGAAGCCACAGAUCAAGUGACACCCAAGAGACAAAGUCUCUUUACUAUUGUGAUUAAAGUAGAUGAUAUGAAUGAUCACAAGCCUGUGUUUGUUCAAUCAGAGUUCAAAGCUGAAGUGAAUGUUGAUUCAUCCAUCAGCACUCCAAUCAUCAAAGUGUUUGCAACUGAUGAUGAUGAUGGUACCAAUGCACUGCUUAAAUUUUCGAUCAAAGGUGGAAAUACAAACAAUGCAUUUUACAUUGAUCAGAAUUCAGGGGUUAUACAAGUGGCAGCAAAAUUAAGCAGUGCAAUUGAUGAAUACAGUCUUCAAGUGCAGGUGUCUGACAGUGGCAUCCCAGCUGAAACAGCUGAAGUUGAAGUGAAGAUUUUGGUAAGAGGCAUUAAGCAGCCUGCUGAAUUCGAGCGACCUUUAUACCAAGCUUCAAUCAAAGAAAAUCUCCGUCCUGGUCAUCCAAUUAUUAACGUGGUUUUCAAUGGCAGCUUGUCUUCUUAUGAGUUUGUACCUCAGGAUAACGCCUGCUGGAAAGACUUUGACAUCAACCGGAAAAGUGGCCUAGUUACCAACAAGAAACCUUUCGAUGCUGAAGAGCUCACCGAGUGUAAACUCUUAAUUCGUGGAGAAAGUAGCGAUGGGACUGGACAGACUCAAUUGAUUGUUAAAAUAAUCGACGAGAACGAUCAUGCACCAACAUUUAGCCAAGUGCUCUACCUAGGACACAUCAAGGAAGGCUUACCUGAAGACUCACCUGUGAUUAGUGGAGACGGGAAUGCACUUGUCAUUCAAGCCAGCGAUGCCGACGUCAGCGGUAGUGAUUUGAUGUACGAAGUUGUUGGAUGUUCGGCUUUCAGGAUUGACUCACAGACUGGAGAACUUCUGGCAGCAGAGAUGUUGGAUUUUGAGUCCGUGUCUUCAUACAGGUUCAUGAUCAAAGUUUCUGAUGAUGGAGCACCCAGUCUUUCCGCUUUUGCAGACGUUGUUGUCUCCGUGCACGAUGUUAAUGACCUUCCUCCGAUUUUUUCUUCUUCUGUGUUCGAAGCAGUGGUCUUCUUACCAACGUACUCUGGUUCUGUGGUAACCACAGUCACAGCUGCAGACGGAGACUCUCAUUCUCUCACUAACCUCACAUACUCAAUUACCAUGCCAUCUGUCAUAUACAUCUUUGAUAUUUCCCCAAGACAAGGUCUUAUAACCGUGAAAAACUCUUCACUCUUACAUCAAGCAGUUUAUCGCGUUCAUGUCUCUGUUUCAGAUGGAAACUUUAGUAAUCAAGCCACUGUGGUUAUCGACUGCAAACCGCUGCCAGUCAGUGAUCUGCAGUUCAGUCAGAUGGAGUACAACACGUCCGUAGCAGAAGGAGUCAGUACAGCUACAGACAUCGCUCAACUGCAGACUGUAGGCUACUCAGUCGGCGACACCAUUACCUACUCAAUCGUUGUUCCAUCGAAUUUCUUUGCCAUCUCCAAAAGUACAGGUAUCGUGUCGACUUUGCCAGGAAAAACGUUUGAUCGAGAGACAACAGAUCGAUAUGAAGUUGUUGUUCAGGCUCGGGACGACAGAAAACCGAUGCCUCGAGUAGCUCAGAGUCUAUUGUACGUGAUUGUGGACGAUGUAAACGACAAUGCUCCAAUUUACACAGAAGAUGUUUAUUUCUUCGUCAUCCAAGUUAGCGCAGAUGUCGGAGGAUUUGUAGGACAUGUCCAGGCAAACGAUAAGGAUAUUGGAAGCAAUGGUGCCAUCAAGUAUUUGCUCAAGGGAGGAGGAGAAAGCCGUUUCGAGAUCGACCAUGCUACUGGAAACAUUGAAGUUAGCAGGUUGUUAGACGACGUAAAAGUUCCCACUGUCUUCACUCUUGAAAUUGAAGCGCAAGAUAAAGGCCUGGUACGAUUGAGUGCCAAAACUACUGUAAAAAUCAAAGUCGUGGAUAAGGAAACACCGAUAUUCGACCACUUAAGUUAUAGCAGGGUGGUAAGAGAAGAUGUGAAAGUUGGUGAGGAAGUUACUCGUGUACAGGCCAGAAGUCCAGGUGGUGCAGGUAUCCUUUACACAGUCUUGGCUGGAGAUCCAUAUAACCAGUUCGGCAUUGAUUUGAAAACAGGAGUUCUGACGGUGGAAUCUUUUCUGGACUACGAGGCUCGGACUAGCUACCAGCUUCUUGUGCGUGCUACUGACGAAUUGACGACGUCUUACGGAGAAAUCACAGUGCUUGUCACAGUCACUGAUGUCAAUGACAUUGCGCCGCUGUUUAACCAAUCACUGUAUUUGGCGACUAUUCCCGAAGACACUCCGAUUGGUACCUCAGUGGUUUCCUUCACAGCAUUCGAUGGAGACUCGGGGGUUAAUAGGCAAUUAACCUACCGACUGGAAACCCUCAACGCCCAUAAUAACAGUAAAAUAAGUGAGUUCUUCCUUAUCAACCGGGCAAGAAGGCAGAUAGUGGUUGCGAAGAAACUGGAUUACGAACAGAAUAUAAUCCAUGAAUUGAAACUGAUCGUGACAGACGGUGGAACUCCCCCACUGACUGGAGAGGCUCGUGUGCGCAUUGUUAUUGAAGACACUAAUGAUAACCCGCCAAUGUUUGAACAGAACAGCUACGCCACUUCCAUUUCAGGCAGUGCGGGGCCUGGAUUCUUUGUGACGCGCGUGGUAGCCAGUGACCCGGAUGACGAUGACGUUGGCAAGCUGCGCUAUUCGAUUAUAUCUGGAUAUAGAAAAGAAUAUUUCCAAAUUGAUUCAACUUCCGGUGUUCUGACCAUCUCCAAACAUGUCGGCAUUGAACGCGGUAAGGUGUAUAACCUCGCUGUUGAAGUGACAGACGGGAAAUCAACAGCUGAAACCAGUGUACGAGUUGUGAUCGGCGACAUUAAUGAUCACAGUCCAAUAUUCGAUCAAGAAGUCUACCCCGUCGAAUUCAACGAAAAUUAUCCAUCAGGGACAUUUGUCACCAUGGUUACUGCCACCGAUUUAGAUUCUGGUGACUACGCUCAAGUCAGGUAUUCCAUUGACGACAUAGACGCCGCCGAGAAAUUCUCAAUUGAUGCCGAGACAGGAAUGAUUUACAGUAAGCUUAGUUUUGAUCGCGAGAAUGCAUCCCAGGCCUUUUCGUCAAUUCCUGUCCGAGCCACUGAUGGAGGAGGACGGUUUGGGUUUUGCACUGUAGAGGUUAAAGUCCUUGAUGAGAAUGACAACCAACCAAAGUUUGAGCUUCCGCUGUACGAGGUGACUAUCCAUAGUACAGCCCCUGUUGGAACUUCCAUCCUGAUGACGUCAGCAAACGAUGCAGACACCGGAAGUAAUGGUGCCUUAUCAUACGUCAUCCUUGGGCACCAAACCCCACCCGUGUUUGAAAUAGAAAAGGACUCGGGAUUCAUAAAAAUUUCUCGGCGGCCCGAGACGAAGACUUACAUGUUUCACGUAUUAGUCAAAGACGGUGGGUUUCCUUAUUUACGAAACAUGGUGAAAGUAUCGGUGAAUGUGCUAAGAAAAAACGCCAAGAUUUUACAGUUUGAAAGGUCUGAGUACAGGAUCCUCGUACCCGAAGACCUGAACACAAACAGAGUUAUAACGACUGUGAGAACCUUACUUCCAGGCAGCACAAGUCCACGAGUUGGUUUCCAAAUAAUUGCUGGGAAUUCGCCAUCAUCGCAGGGAGAACAGUUCAGUAUUGAUGCUAGCGGUCAAAUUAAGCUUAAGCGGCGUUUGGAUUACGAGACAUUAAAGAGAUACGUUUUAGUGAUCGAGGCUAAUUCGACAGAAAUAUCUCAAGUCGCACGAGCUGUGGUAGUUGUGUCAGUGACAGACGUGAAUGAUAACGAGCCUCAUUUCGUGGCCAAUCCUUACAGAGUCAGUAUCCCAGAAAAUAUGAUGGUCAAAUCAAAGGUCUUGAGAGUGUUUGCUGAGGAUUUAGAUGACGCCAAGAAUGGAGAAAUACUGUACGAUUUCGCAACGAAAUCGAAUUUGUUUGCUAUUGAUCAGCACACUGGCUGGAUAACCAUAACAGCACCAAUCGAUCGCGAAGUCGCAAACUCUCUUUUGUUGCGAGUCCGCGCCAACGAUGAAGGCGGUGUCACACAGUUGUCAGGUUACACAACUGUUGAAGUGAAUGUACUGGAUGUCAAUGACUCGCCUCCUCAGUUCACUGAGGACAUCUUUAUAUUUUCUGUUCGAGAAGACGCUUUGAUUGGUCAAGAAGUCGGUACAUUAACUUCUUUUGACAACGAUACCAAUUCUGAUGCAUAUUUUUUUAUCAUGUCUGGCGAUCCUCAAACUAAAUUUGGAAUCGAGCAGAAAACUGGCAAAGUCUUUGUGCACUCUCCACUUGAUCGCGAGUCCGUGUUGUCCUACACACUGAAUGUAAGCUGCUCAGACGGACUUUUCACCAGCUUCACUACUUUGAUCAUCAGAGUCCUUGAUGCGAAAGACAAUCUGCCGGUUUGUACCCAGUCCAUUUCUAUUGUUCAUCUCAGCGAGGACGUGAAGCGUGGUACUGAAGUAAUGAUAGUGGAGGCCACCGACCUGGACGCUGAUGAUAAUGGCAAGUUGAGGUAUUCCGUGUUUGGACAAGGAAUGGGUUUCUUUGGAGUUGAAAACGGAACUGGUCGUCUCGUAACUGUUGCGUUAUUAGACCGCGAGGUACAGGAUAUGUACAAUUUCAUGGUGUCAGCGGAGGAUCGCGGAGGUCAGGCGUGUUUUAGUAACGUAACGGUGCUUCUUGAAGACGUGAAUGACAAUAGACCUGUUUUUAGUCAGUCAGAAUACCGAAGGGCUGUAUAUGAGGACGCGCGCAUAAAUAAAGUGCUUCUGCAGGUGAAGGCAGACGAUUCCGACUUAGGAAAGAACAGGAAAAUUUCAUAUUCUUUAUUGGACACGGCAGGCGACACGUUCAGAAUAGACUCCGAGACCGGUGUGAUAACGCUAACGAGCGGUCUGAAUAGAGAGAAGCAAGCGGAGUACACGCUGACCGUGCAAGCCGACGACGCAGGCGUCCCCCCUCAGUCAGAAACGUGCACUGUUGUGAUUCAGGUUUUGAAUAUAAACGAUGUUCCUCCAGAGUUUGCCGAAUCCAGCUACAAGGCCAAUGUGAGCGAAGAUGCUACAAAAGGUAAAAAGAUAACAAAAAUGAACGCCAUUAGUCGAGAGGCUGGGCACGAAGAGUUCUCCUACGAGAUUCUCAAAGGUCCAGAUUCAGAUAUGUUCAAAAUUGACAAGAAAACAGGAGAAGUUACUUUGGAAGGAAGCUUGGAUUUCGAAACAAGGAAGAGUUAUUCAAUGACAAUUCAGGCGAGUGAUGCUGGACCGCCAGUCUUGAGCACAACCUGCUCACUGAGUGUGAUAGUCACUGAUGCUAAUGAUCACAUCCCUACGUUUGGACAAGAUAUUUACACCGCUAGAGUGGACGAGAACUCUGCUGUGGACUUGUUUGUUCUUCAAGUGUUCGCCACGGACCUUGAUAGCGGUUCUAACCGAGACAUCCGGUAUUCAAUCGUGAAAGGAAACGGUGCAGAUAAGUUCAAAAUUGAUGAGAUCACUGGCGCAAUCAGCAUUAAGGCGCAUGUUGAUCAUGAGUCAUUAUCUCAGUACACUCUGACAGUGCGGGCUCAGGAUCGGGGGAAACCUCCAUUGUCUGCAGAGACCCAAGUUGAAGUGAACAUCAACGACCUGAAUGAUAACCCGCCUGAAUUCACCAACACAAAUUUUACUGUCUCUGUCAGUGAGUUAGCCGCCAUUGGUACCACUGUGAUCUUUUUACGGCCUCAUGACCGCGAUGGUCCUGGGAACGGAGGUCCUUUUACUUUCAUGAGAAUUGAAGGCGACGAACCGAAGUUUAAACUGGAAAGGAACGGUUUGAUAACCAAAGCAGGACCACUGGACCAUAGAGACAAGGAACACAAACUCAGGUUCCGUGUGUUCGACAGUGGCGAGCCACCGCGGUACACUGACAAGACCCUCACUAUCAUUGUAGUCGAGGGCGUUUCGCAUCCUCCCGUCGUGGAGCCGCUGACCGUUUACCUCAAAUUGUACAGCUCGCAGUUUAACGGUGGUGUCAUCGGAAGCGUCAAAGGAACGGAUACCGAUGGGGACCCUCUGAAGUAUUCGAUUGUUGCGCCUCGUUCUGGUAACCCCUUCACGAUAACAAACAGUGGAGUAAUCAGUGCCACUUCUAACGUCCCAAGUCGAAUCUACAAUUUGAAUAUCAGCGUCUCCGAUGGCAAGUACGUCACGUAUGCUCCAGUAAAAAUUGUUGUGUCCGAUAUUACUUAAGACAUCUUACGACAUUCCCUGACUCUGCGCCUGCUAGACCUGAGCCCUGGUACCUUCGUGGAGAGGAACUUGGCCAAGUGCAAAGACUAUUUGGGAUUCCUGCUCAAUGUUCCAGCUGAGAAUGUCCAUAUAUGGAGCCUGCAUUCUUCUGACGCAAGUUUGGAUGUUGUAUUCGCUGUUACGAAGCGAGUCAAGGGUUUCUAUGCAUCCCAGCACAUUGCACACAAGCUGAAUUCUUCCCGGGGUGACUUCCAGAGAGCUGUAGAAGUCCAAGUCGGGUACAUUGGUGUUAGCCAGUGCCCUCUGAUGCACUGCCCCGAAAACUACUCAUGCCGAACAGUUUACAAACCACAGAACAAGCAAAUUAGAAUAAUGUCUGAACGAACCACUUACACUUCUUUUGAACACAGCCGAAGUCAUGCUUGUAUGUGUGACCGUGAUAAAGGGUGUGCAAGUGGUAAGUGUGCGUCUAAUCCGUGUCCUGUUGGUUAUGAGUGCGCCGAUUUUCCCUUGGGGUUCCAGUGUAAGUGCGUGGAUUCAUCUAAGUGUCAACCUGACGAACCGGGCUGCGAAGAUCAGUCCUGUAAAACAGGUAAUACUGCCAUAUCGUUUAGCGGUGAUAGUUACAUUCGCUUUAAAUUGAAGCAGUCAUUUGAUGAACAAAGCCGCUCUAUAAGCCUUGCUUUCAAAACCACUGAACCUCGAGGAACACUCGUGUGGGCCGCGGGACAGUAUGAUUACAGUAUUCUUGAGAUUGUGAACGGCUGUCUUCAGUUACGCUUUGAUUUUGGCAGUGGGGCCGGGGUCGUAAACCUAGACUGGGCUCGAAUAGACGAUGGUAAAUGGCACCACGUCGCAGUCAUGCGGCAAGGUAACCACGCCACUUUAAUAUUGGAUAAGGGUCGUCACCGCGCAUGGAACAAGUCUCCUGGGAAGAUGAGAAUACUGAAUCUUGAUGAUAACGCGAUUUAUUUCGGCGCCAAAGUUGUCAAAUCAAAGACGAGAAGGGAGAUCAAUAAUCAAGGUCAAUUAGUCGAGGAUGGCUUCAAAGGUUGUCUACAAAAUUUGAAAUUGAACCACCAGGAUCAGGACCUCCCCAUGUCUGGCUCAAACAGUUACGUAGCUGCUGAACCAUUUAACGCAGUACCAGGCUGUCAGUUAUCAGGCAAAUGCCGCAUCAACACCUGUCCACGUGACAGCAUAUGUAUUGAGACCCUGACAUCGAAGAAGUGCGAGUGUCUGCGUGGCCAUUCUGGUCCAGAGUGCCGUGCAUUUGUGGGCUGUGACGCCAGCCCUUGUCAGAAUGGCGGGACAUGCCUCCCUCACCCAACAGACCGUUACCAGUGCAGAUGCAAAAAUGGUUACUCAGGUACACAAUGUCACAUCUUCACUGGUCAUUGCGCAAGUACACCUUGCAGAAAUGGCGGAAGCUGCAUUCCAAGUGUCAAUAGUGGUUUCAUUUGUGAUUGCCCAGCGGGAGUUCAAGGAAGGACCUGCGAGCAAGACGCAAGACCUUGUUCGUCUAACCCUUGCGUAAACAACGCGAAUUGCACGAACUAUGGUGAAUCUUACAAAUGUCAUUGUCGACCUGGCUUCUCAGGGGAGAGUUGCGAUAAAGGAUAUCGCUGCAGUGAACACUCCCCCUGUCAAAACGGAGGGACAUGCGUAGAGAACCAGGAGGACGGUGUUGCAGUCUGCCGUUGCCCUCAGGGUUACACGGGAGUCGAUUGUUUUGAAGACGUUGACGAGUGUGCUAGUUCCCCUUGCAAAAAUGGAGGCGUGUGUGAGAACCAACAGGGAGGCUUUAAAUGUAACUGCUCUACAAGCACUCAUGGUGGAGACCUUUGCGAACAAGUGCUGGCUAAUGUUGAGGCCCGACGCGGCUGGCCAUUAGGGCAGACAGAAAUCAUUGGAAUUGCUGUAGUUCUCGCAGUUAUUUUGCUGAUUGUAUUCCUUGUUGUAAUUUUCCUUCGACGGCGAGCCAAGCGAAGACGAGAAAAGCGUGAACAAGCUGGAACUGUCAGCACGUCAGUUUUGAAAGUCUCUCCACCCGUGGUGGGCUCAGAGGUAACAUCCCCAGAGCCUCCUACUCCUCCCCCAAGGGAAGUCCAUGGUUACAAUGUAGAUGAUCUCGGUAUGCCUCCUGGGUACGAUGCGGAGGACUCUUGGCGCAGGCGCGAGAAAGUUCGUAAGGAUUUCGGAACCAUGAAAACGUUGACUUCUUUAUCAGAUAACAACCUACCUGGUUAUCAGUGGGACUACACGGACAUCCCUGCUGACUUAGUUCCUAGGACUCCCUUGUCAAAGGAACAUUCAGGCAGCUACAGCGGUUCCCCGGACUGUACAAAAUUUGCUCCGGAAGUUCCACAGAGGCCGUCUAGUUUUAGGUCUUCACAGGGUUCUAUUGAUGUGCCGGAGAUUCCCAAGAGGCCAAGGAAUUAUAAAGUAUCAGAAUCAGAGGACGGAUACACAGACGUCCCGCAUGUUCCUAAAAAGCCCAUGGAAUACACAAAUCCAAGGGGUAAAUCAGCCUCGCGGUACUCCAUGGACUCCCGGUUUUCGGAAUUCUCGGACGGCACAGAUCUUGAUCCAGACAUCUUCAAAGGGCGAUUCCCACGCCCUCCAAGGGAGCCUUAUCCAGAAAGUUUGGACCAGCUUCCCGUGGGAUCAUACGCACCAACGCUCACAGCGCGGGGCUCGGAGCUUGGAAGUGUCACGGACGGAAUGUACUCAGAGGACGAUCUGGAACAGGUUUAUCUUGGAAAUCGAAUGGAGGUGUGCGAUGAUUCACCAGAAAAUUCUUACCUUCACUCCGAGAAUUGCUCAGAAGAUGAAGAUGAUGAUUACCAUCGUGACAGAUUCGCCCGCGCGGCUACACCUGACCCUGAGUUCCACAAAGAAUUACAACGGGAGAUCAAGGAGAUGAUGAGUGAACUGGAAGAGCUGAAGUUAGAAUCUGAAAUCUAGAAGACUAAGAACAAACUAAUAUUUGAUUAUCGUAUAUAGUUAGUAAACCUUUGUCUCGGAAUUUUUACAAUAGAAACAAAAAGAAGUCGAGUAACUCAUGACAGAAAGGGAUUUAGCUGUGCCUUGAACACAAAGCUCUCAUUCUUGUCCAGCUCUAUUCAUAUGGUUUAAGCCACUUGUAUUGACUGCAAGUCUGUGUUCGUGCAAAUCCUUGUUUUAGUUUACUCCUAAUGACCAUGACUUACUUUCGGGAAGCUCCAACUGUCACACAAAGCUAGUAUUUACUGGCGGUGUAAACCCAAAGAAAAUUGCAUUGAUAUUAAGGAACCGAAGAUUUUAUUAGAGAUUAAGUUUUAAGAAUCCAUUCACAUAGACUCUCAAGGUUUCGAAUAUAUUGGAUAACAAUGUUGGUUUUAAGAGCUUUCAUGUGAAGAAACAGACAAUUUAUGAUCUAAUUAACCUUAAAACUGACAAGGAUGUUCAACAAUGUUUACACCGAAUGAUUAGACCUUUUAUUUUGAAUUUUAUAUAUAGAAAAGCCCCUUUUAAGGCGUUAAAUUAUGUUUUGAUGACUUGUUCACAGUUUUGUAUCGGAAUCUUUAAAUUUGCAUAUGUUUCGCCUUUAUUUCUGGCUCGGGCGGCUUUUUUUUGAUCAUGUUUGAAAUAUUUAUAAUUAUGUACUAUACAACGAUUAGGCAUGUUUCUGAGAUUGUAAGUCAUAAAAUGUUAUUUAUCAGAUUGUAAGCAAUCCAAGAGCAAAACAGGUACGAAACACAAUCUGCGCGUCUGCCACAAGAUGUAAUUUAUUUUUAUAUGCUCCUCUUACUGACAGCUAUUGACUUGAAGUCAAAAUAGUAUCUUUCAUAAAGAAAUUUUUACUUUUUCUUAGGUCGUUAAGCUUUGUAAUAAAUUUUGUAAAGGUACUGGC